UCGACAAGCGCGCCCACCCGCGCGACAGCGGGCGCGCGCGGCUGCGACUGCUGCUGCUGCUUCUUCUCCACUUCUCCUUCCUUCCCCUAUAAAGCAAGGAAUAGUCGCAGCUUGCCCCAGCUUCGCAAGCUUUCCUGCUAAUCCCUGCCAUUAGUAGCAAGCAAGCAAGAAAGCAGUGGUAGUAGGUGCCACCCACACGGUUUUCACGGCUGCCGGCUGGGAGCGACCGAGGAGAUCGUCGUCACGCUCGAUGGAGGCCCUGGUGGGGAGGUACUGGGGUCUGGGGGGACGGCGGUGCGGGGCGUGCGGCGGAUCGCCGGCGGCGGCGCACUGCCGGACGUGCCCGGGCGGCGCGUACCUGUGCGGGGGGUGCGACGCGGGGCACGCGCGGGCGGGGCACGAGCGGGUGUGGGUCUGCGAGGUGUGCGAGUGCGCGCCGGCCGCCGUGACGUGCCGCGCCGACGCCGCCGCGCUCUGCGCCGCGUGCGACGCCGACAUCCACGACGCCAACCCGCUGGCGCGCCGCCACGAGCGCGUCCCCGUGCAGCCCAUCGGCGCCGCCGCUGAUCCCGCCGCGGAGAAGGCGGCGCUGCUGUUCGGCCUUGCCGCGGAAGGGAAGGACGGCGGCGACGCGGCCAAGGUCGUCGUCGACGCCAGUAAGCUGGACCUCCUGUUCGCGGACGACGUGGUCGACCCGUUCCUCGCCCAAGACUUCGCCAGGUUCCCGCACGCCGACAGCGUCGUGCCGAACGAUGGAUCCAACUGCGGCGCCGCUGUGGACUUCGACUUUGGUGGCGGCGUCGCCGUCGCCGCCAAGCAGCCGUCCUACAGCUCCUACACGGCGGCGUCGCUGGGCCACAGCGGCUCGUCGUCGGAGGUCGGCCUGGUCCCAGACGUGAUGUGCGGCCGCGGUGGGAGCGUGACCGGCGGCGUCAUCGAGCUCGACUUCGCGCAGUCCAAGGCGGCGUACCUGCCUUACGCUGCAACUCCUACCCACAGCCUGUCGUCUUUGGACGUGGGCGCCGUGCCGGAGCGCAGUGACGGGGUCAUGGCGGGCAGGCUCGCGACGCCGACGCCGGCGACGGCCACGGAGAGCAGGGAGGCGCGGCUGAUGCGUUACCGCGAGAAACGGAAAAACCGGCGGUUCGAGAAGACGAUCCGCUAUGCGUCCCGGAAGGCCUACGCGGAGUCGCGGCCGCGCAUCAAGGGCCGCUUCGCCAAGCGCGCGGAUGACAACGACGCCGACGCCGACCUCGACGAGGCUGCCGCGCCGGCUCCGCCGGCGCGGUCGCAGCCGCAGCCGCAGCCGCAGCCAUCGUACCGCUACGUGCUCGACUUCGCCGCCGGCUACGGCGUCGUGCCCACAUUCUGAUGACGCGUGCCGUGUGAGUGUUGCCGCGCGCGUCGCGUGCCCCAUGUUUUCACGGAUUGGGCCGGCGCGCGUGCGAGCCAUGCUGCAUGCGCGCCUACGUGUUUGCUGGAGCGGCGAGCUCCUAGUUGGCGAUCACAUGCCGUUUUGGGCUAGCCAUGGUUAAAUUAGCAGGCUAGCGUGUACUGCUGCUGCGUUUGUUUGCUGGGGCGACCAGUUCUACUAAUAGUACGUAGUACCGUGUAAUUUUGGGUCAGGAAGAGAUGCUUAGCAUCUGUUUCGAUUGAUCGAUGUAGUAUUAUGCUAUAAUUGGAAAGGCCUCUCGAUCUAUUUGCAA